CACACACUAAUCCAAUGGGACCCACCCAAAAGAAUAUCACUUUCCAUUAGAAUGAGUUGCUUCUUCUUCACUUCACAAAUUCCACUCUUUCCUUCACAAUUUUCCAUUGAAUGCUUCUUCACUCUUCUCUUCUCAAUUCGACUCGGUCCUUCACCAGCUGAGUCCGAACGAUUCCUUAACCGCUUCUUCCCACUCUGUUUGUUUCUGUGCCACCGAUUGCCGUUGCUUUUUGGAUCUGAUAAUGGGUAGCAUUGAAGAAGACACUGUGUAUGUUGCGGUGGGGAAGAACGUUGACAAGACCCGGCAGCUGUUGCAUUGGGCAUCUCAGAAUUUCUCUGCCAAAAAAAUUUGCAUUCUUCACGUUCACCAAACGUUGGCCGACAUAAAUCUCCCUGGUUAUGAAGCAAAAGAUCAUGCCAUCAAGGCAUUCCAAGAACAUGGUAUUCAAACAGUGCAUGAGCUCCUAGACCAAUACAUUACCACUCUGGUCCCAGCAGGGGUACAGGCAUAUAAAUUGUUGAUUGAGAAGGAUGACAUCGAGAAAGGGAUCAUAGAAGCUAUCGCUCAACACAAUAUUAGAUGGCUUGUAAUGGGAGCAGCAGCAGACAAGUAUAAGUUGGGGGUUUGGAAUUGCAGUAAGGUGGCUGAGCAAGUGUCAGAGAAAGCUAUUAUUGUACCUGAGCAAUCGCUAUCCUGCAAUGUUUUGUUCAUCUACAAGGGAAACCUCAUAAGUACUAGGGUAGAUAUUAAACAUACAUCUGAAAUUGAGACUGCCCCUGCAUUGUUGGUGCUCAAUUCAAAUACAGAAAUCAAGCAAUCAGAAAACAUUAAAUCAGAAUCUAGAUCUGAUGCCUUGAAAUAUUCAGAUUCUGAUGAUACGAAGGAGAUUGAAAAUGGUAGUUCCCACUGUUCAUUAAAUGCAAAAUGGCCCUUUAAUAGUGCUACUGACAGGUCAAAUUCAACAGAUUUUCUGCUUUAUGAGGAGGAAGAAGAUGAAAGGGAACAAGCAAAUGAAUUAAAUGGUAGCCUGGAAAAAACCAUCAUACAUUCUAAAAGCAUGAGACGAAAAAGAUUUGAAGAGGCAUUGAAGAGAUGGAAAGUAGAAAGUAAUACGAUGGAGGAUGAAGCAUUAGAAAUAGAAAGCCAGUGUGCUAAGGAGAUAAGUAGAAGAAAAGAAGUUGAAGAACAAUUGUCAAGGGGAAAGCAAGAAGUACAGAAAAUGAAGAAUCAGCGCGAUGAAAUAAUGUAUGAUCUGCAAAUGGUUGAAGACCAAAAUUCAGUUCUUAGGAACCAGUUAAUUGAGUCCCAAAGAUCGGCGGCAGAGUUGGAGGAGAAGAUCAUAUCAGCUGUUGACCUUUUGAUAAGUUUCAGGGAAAAACGAGAUAAGCUAAGAAUAGAACAUGCAAAGGCAGUUAGGGAAGUCAAAAUGCUCAGAAAAGUAGGAGAAGCAGAUACUACAUUCUCUUAUGUUGUAGAAUUCCCUGCAUUUUCUUUCAUGGAGAUCAAUGAGGCAACUAAUGAUUUUGACCCAUCUUGGAAGAUUGGAGAGGGAAGGUAUGGAAGUGUUUACAAGGGACUGCUUCGCAACAUGCAUGUUGCCAUAAAAAUGUUACCCUCUUAUGGUUGUCAAAUUCAACUGGAAUUCCAACGUCAGGUAGAGGUUUUGAGUAGGGUAAGACAUCGAAACCUGAUAACACUAAUUGGAAGCUGUGAAGAGUCUAGGUCACUCGUGUAUGAGUACCUAAACAACGGCAGUCUCGAAAGCCACCUUGCCUGCAAAGACAAGACUCCACUUCCAUGGCAAAUUCGAAUAUCCAUUGCUACUGACAUAUGCUCGGCUCUAAUCUUUCUUCACUCCAGUGAGCCUUGUAUUAUCCAUGGGAAUUUGAAACCUAGCAAGGUCCUCCUCGACGCUAACUUUGUUGCGAAACUUGGUGAUUUGGGUAUUCCUAGUUUAGUCCGGCAAAGUGUGAAUUCAGCUGACACAUGCACAAUAUGCGACAAUGCAGAUAAAAGCUUGGCGUAUGCGGAUCCGGAGUAUCUUGUCACUGGCAAACUUACACCAGAAUCCGAUGUGUAUUCGUUCGGAAUCAUGUUGUUGCAGCUUCUAACUGGAAGACCACUUUCAGGGCUAGUUAGAGAUGUGACAUGUGCUUUGGAAAAAGAAAACCUUAAAGCAGUGUUGGACUUUUCAGCCGGUGAAUGGCCGCUUUAUCAUACCAAACAGCUUGCAUGUUUAGCAUUAAGGUGUUGUGAAAAGGCUUGGUUUAAACGGCCGGACCUUGCAUCAGAAAUCUGGAGUGUUCUUGAACCAUUCAGAACUACUUGCAUCAACAUGCCACUGAAUUUGAAUUCUAAGAAGCUUCAGCGCGCUCCUUCGCAUUUUGUCUGCCCCAUUGUCCAGGAAGUCAUGGAAGAUCCUUACAUAGCUGCAGAUGGCUUUACAUAUGAAGCAGAGGCAAUACAAGGAUGGUUGAACAGUGGUCAUGACACUUCCCCCAUGACAAACCUCAAGCUAGAACACACAGAUUUGGUCCCUAAUUAUGCGUUACACAAUGCCAUUCAGGAGUGGCAGCAACAGUGAACAUUUUUCUUUGUCCAUCCAUUAUGCUUGCACAUGUACUGCUGUAAAUAGCACUCAUUUUCGAAAAAGCUCUUCUAAAUUGAAGUUGAGCAAGUAAGAGUGUGUGCAAUCUUUAAGUUUUAGUAAAUAAAGAUAAAAUGAAGGAUUUAUAUACACACUCUUACUUGCUCACUUUAGAGAGAGAUAAUUUCACUUUUGAGGGGUAUUUUCUUGUUAUGUUCAUAGUAAGCUUGGAUGGAGAAGGGAGGAAAAUAGAGGGAAAGGGAAAUUUUUAAUUAAACCUUUUCCUUUGUUUGGGAUGAGGAGCUUUCUAAAGGGAUUAACAUGUAACUUUCUUACUUUCAAGAACCCUUACUCAAUUUUAUGUACAUUUUAUAAGUGUCCUCUAAA